UAGCCCAUCGGCCACCACAAUCCUUCUCGAUUCUUCUGCUCUCCACCGAGAGGAGCAAGGCGAACUGCAGGCGGAGAGGCUGGGCCACACGAUACCCUCCUCUCCCUUCCCUUCCCUUGCCGCUUCCAACUCCAAGUCUCGCUGUGAUCAGGAGCUAGGGUUUGUGCGAUCUUCGGGAGGAGGGGAAGAUGAUCGAGGUGGUGCUGAACGACCGGCUGGGGAAGAAGGUGCGGGUGAAGUGCAACGAGGACGACACCAUCGGCGACCUCAAGAAGCUGGUGGCGGCGCAGACCGGGACGAGGCCCGAGAAGAUCCGCAUCCAGAAGUGGUACAACAUCUACAAGGACCACAUCACCCUCAAGGACUACGAGAUCCACGACGGGAUGGGCCUCGAGCUCUACUACAACUAGACGCCGCGCCUCUGGCUGGUAUGAAUUUAGUCAUGGAUGGCGAACAGAUUAUGCCCAUUUGAGCGGCCAGCGUCCAUAGCUCAUAUAUAAAACUCUAGUGAGCUGUGUAGUUCGUUGUGCCAAUGACUGUUGUCAACUUUGAAUAUGUCGUUGUAGUAUGAUCAACCUGCAGAUGUGUUGUAUUUGUGUUGCUGCUACUCAUAACAUAAAUAACAUGUUAUGAAACUUUGAUCAAGUCUCAGUAUCCUGCUCGUCCUAGUCUGCUUUCUCCAUCUGACAUGCAUUGCAUUGCAACUUGGAUUCUGAUAAACUGUCUGCUACUCUUGAAAGCUGCACCCACAGAACAGCAGCAGUAGGGGUUGAGCCGUGGAGGAAACCCAGAUUGUAGUCCGAUUCCAGUUCAAUUUGCAGCCCAAGCUUCGUCAAGUUUUGAUCGAUUUUGCUGGCUCCAGUGAUCGCAGAGAUAGAUUUUCGGCGGUGCAGGCAGAAAACGGCAAAUCGCUCUACCGUUUCCACUCGCGGGAGCACCGCGUCCACCUUUUCUCCUCCCGCUCGCGAUUUCGCAAACCAAACCCAAACCGCGAGAGAGAGCAGCAAAACCCCCAAUUCCCCAAAUCGCACAGAAACCCUCCCCAUGGCGGACGCCGCCGCCGCCGACGAUGCGCCUCCCUCCCCACCCCCUUCCGCGUUCCACCCCGCGUCCGCCGAUACCCCCAUGUCCGACGCCACCCCAUCCGCCGCCGAUACCCCAAAUCUCCCCGACACCCCCGCCUCCGCCUCCGCCGAACCCGACACCCCCUUCUCCGACGCCGCGCUCGCCGCCGACGCCUCCGAUGCCGAUGCCUCGGCCGUCGCCGCGCCACCCGACGACGACGGGGCCAACCCGUUGGGCGGCGCCAUGAAGCACAUGGCCCUCGCGCCCCCGCCGCCGCCGAGCAAGAAGUCCAAGAAGAAGAACAGCAACAGCGUCUGGACCAGGCCCAACUCCCGCAAGGGCAAGAAGAAGGCCAAGCAGCCGGCCAACGCCCUCGCUGGCGGCAGCGCCGGCGCCAACGGCCGCCUCCCCAAGCCCUCCAGCGGCGACGACGAGCUCGUCCUCACCCCGGCGCCCCGAUUCGCCGCCGAGCGCAACGACGACGCGCCCGAUCUGCCCGUGCUCCUCUCCCGUGUCUUCAAGUCCGACAAGGUCGAGGUCUCCGACGACCGCCUCACCGCCGGCAGCACAAAGGGAUACCGGAUGGUGCGCGCCACCCGCGGCGUCGCUGCCGGCGCUUGGUACUUCGAGGUCAAGGUCCUUCACCUCGGCAGCACCGGCCACACCCGCCUUGGAUGGGCCACCGACAGAAUUAGGAUCCUCUGCCUUCACACGUGAAGGCACCAGCCUGCAGUCAAGUAAUAUCCACCGUCCAAGGCAAUCCAACAGCUCACGUGCACACCCACUUAAUUUAGCCAACAAAACAUGCACAUCAGAACCCAUGGAAGCCCAGCAACUGACAGCACAUGCACUUGCAAAGUCU